GGACCCCAUUCUUUUUUGCGCAGCAGGUGGGUUAUAAUUAAAUACAUAUUGGAAUUUGUGUCGACAUGUACAUGCGCCGAAGUGAGUUGAAAUAGUUAAUUGAAGAUGACUGCGUUAUCCCCUGGCCGACGAAAGACGUCUUGUCGUGGCUCCUGCGACCCCCCUACUUGCGCGUGAAUUUCUCACCCUCAAAACGCGACUGAAGCACAAGCGACUUUUUUCAAACGCUAGAGCACAAGCGACUUGUUUCACUUCCACGUAAGAAGUACCUGCAUCUGCAUUGAUUCCCGAGUAUCGCGCUAAGAAGAAAGGGAGCCUAUUUGAGUUUUGACGAGAAUUGUAAAGAAAAGAGGUACAACAACAUCUACUGCAGUACUAGAUAGACCAACUUCCAGCGACCGCCUCCGACCACAGCGCACUCCCACGUUAAGUGCUGACCUCUGAACUACAAGCGACUACUUCCACUCUGAAAAAUCAAGCGACCACCUCCUCCGAGGCAGAACGUGCAAGAUGCAGCUCACUGAGGUUCUUCUCGCCUGUACCAGGCCUGAGCCGCUGGCACGACGUGAAGCCGAAGGCAAACUGCAAAGUGCUCUGCAGAACCAUACGGAAGAGUAUUUCAAGCUCUUAGCAGAAGAACUAGCCGACGACUCCAAACCGCCAGAAGCCAGACAAUUGGCAGGCUUGCAGUUGAAGAAUGCACUCUACGGAAAAACGAAAGUGAGUAACCACGUUGCAGUCGAGCGUUGGCUGCGACAAUGUGGCGAUCAGUGCAAAAACCUGGUGCGCGACAGGCUUUUGAAGGCUUUGCAAUCCAGAGAAGACGUCGGUCGAAAGUAUGCGGCUUUGGUGUUUGGCAAACUGGCCGCAUUGGAUAUACCACACAACGCGUGGCCGAAGGACUGGCCACCGCUUUUGCGCUGUCUGUUGGAUAGAAUAUUGAACGAGAGUGGGGAAUACACAGACCAGACCAGAGUGGCUUGUUUACAGGCUUUGGGUUACAUAGCAGAAGAGCUGGCCGUAUUAUCGGAUGAGGGUCUCUUCAAAAUGGAUGAGUCGGAUACCUCGAACAUCUUCGCGGCGAUUACGCAAGGUACCUGGUGUUGAAUAGAUUUUGUCGUGGUCAAAAACAUCAUGUGUCUUCCUUUUCAGUAAGUUCUUGACAAGUAGCGGACGCUCUCGGAUUGCAGAUCGGUCUUUUUGCCCGCCACAGGACACGACAACACUCAAUCUCUAAUAUCCUAAAAGCAACCUUCUUCUGACUUAAUAUCCUAAAAACAACAACUCCUGACUUUUCUACCAUAAAUUUUUCAGGUAUGGUAAACAACAACUGGUUGAUCAAAGUGGAGAGCACGAAGGCUAUGUUUUUCACCAUCCUUCUAGCAGAAGACGUUUUUCGAAACGAGCCUCACAGAACCUGGCUCAUGGAAAUCAUCCUCAAAGCCUGUCUGCAACAACCGCCAGCCGGAAAUCCGCAGCAAGACCAUUUGAUGAAGGAGAACCAGAAAAACAGUCUGGAAAUCCUGACGAAGAUUAAGCAUUGAAAGUUGACCUAUCAUCUAUCUAAGAUGCGCAUCUCUAUGGCUUCUUCAAGUACCUAUAGGAAAGCCAUAGAUAUACGAGCUGCAACAGAUGCCAACUCUACUCAACCUCUAAGAAGAUUUUUGAGCGGUACUACGAUCACAUGGCGCAGUACAUGGAAGUGAUCGGCAGAACGAUGCUGCAACUGAUCGAAGCAGGUGGAGAGGAGAUAGAUAUUCGAGCAAUGAUGGUAUGGACCCAAAUUGCAGAGGAGGAACUGGAGAUCAAGGAGGAAAACGCUUACGCAGUUAUGGCUAAAGCAUGUCAAGCAUGUCUUCUUAUACUUUUUAAGUUCAUAGUCGCCAUAGCGUCAAAAGAUACCUCCAGAACAGGUAAAUGAAUGAAUGAAUGAAAAGAACAGUUUAUCUAAUUGCACUUCCGAUUCCUUCGGUUGGAGUAUUUUACUGUUGCGCAAGUGGAUACUGCUAACUCCUCUUCUCAAUCGAACGAAAACAUAAUUGGCCUCAUUCGCAAAUAGAAAACGACUGAUCGCUACUAAAGCAUGUCUCCUUAGUAUGUAUCAUAAUGAUCCAUGGGUCUACUCGAGCCUGACUCGUUCCGGCAACGUGGCUUGGCCACAAGUUCGCGGACCAUUGAACCUUGAACUGCCUUGUUGACUCCUUAAAUAGUAUGUAUCAUAAUGUUCCUUGUUGGAGGUUCUUCUUUUUCGAGUAGAAAAAGAAGGCCCCCAAGGGUUUGACUCUCGUGGAAGAUGCGAAAGCGGUUGUAGCUCUAACCCAGGCAGAGAAAUACGGCGAAGUUUGAACAUCAUCAACGACGCAUACCCAAGUUUGGUGCCGGUAUUGACUAAGAAGUUGAUAGACCCCGCGCAAGAGGAGGAUUACGACAGUGACGAGUACACGUUGAAAAUGGCGUCGCAGAUAUCGCUCAGUACCUAUUAUAAUUGAAUUAAAAAAAAGAUGCCUUUUUCGAUGACUUUGGAUUUCGAUGAUUUUGAUUUUUGAUUUGGAAAUCAAUGUAAAGGUCGUCUUAUUACACCGAACUUGACAAAAAGAAGAACAUCUCUCAAUUCAUCCCAACAUAUUAACAGAAUUCUGCGCCCAAAUCCUCGGAGACGACAUAAUAGCACCAUUGCGGACGUUUCUGACCCAGUAUCUCCAAUCUGCAGACUGGCGAGAAAAGGAAGCCGCUAUCCUAGCCUUAGGCAGUAUCAUGGAUGGCCCUACUAGUGGAGCUAAGAUGUCCAGCAUCCUCGGAGGGUGUUUUGACUACCUGUGCGACGAGAACACUCUUGGGCAUCGCGUAGUCGCAGUUAGGGACACGACAGCGUGGACCAUAGGUAUUGUCGAAUAAUUUUUCCUAGAGGACCAUAGGUAUGGUCGAAUAAUUUUUCCUAGACAGAAGUUCUUAGAUCUAUUAUAAGAUCACAUUUGGAAAGAUCAUCUUCCACUAACUAUGUAUUUUACUUCACAUCUGUAAAUGCUACUCCUUCCGGAAAUAUGUAUCCUUUCCCUAUGCAAUUGAUGUGAAACAUCGACAUCGACAUCCUCAAUCUCCACAAGACUUUCCUACAAAUAAAACAG